AGCCACUGGCAGUAUGAAAUACUCAGCUCCGGGCUGUGGAAGAGUCACAUCUACCCAGGAACAUGCUGUCUGCUCUGCUCAUUGGACUCCUCACAGUCCUGCUCUAUCUCUUCAUAUCUGCAUGGAGGAAACGGCAACAUUUACCCCCGGGGCCAACUCCAUGGCCUAUUAUCGGCAACCUGCACCAGAUUGAUAAAUCUGCACCUUAUAACACUUUCACUGAGCUCGGGAAGAAGUAUGGAAGCGUCUAUACACUCUACACUGGUUGGAAGCCGACAGUGGUUCUGUAUGGCUACGAUACACUGAAGGAAGCCCUACUGGGACAGGCCGACGAUUUCAGUGGGAGGGCGAUUGUGCCCGUUUUUGAAAGGGUUGCCCGGAAAAAAGGUUUGGUCUUCUCCAAUGGGCAGCACUGGUUCCACCAGAGAAGGUUCUCCUUGACCACUCUGCGAAACUUUGGGAUGGGAAAGAAGAGCAUUGAAGAAAGAGUGGUUGAGGAGACUAUGGUUCUGGUGGAACUCUUCAAGGCACGCAAUGGGAAACCUUUUAACCCAGGUCCUGAAUUGACUGCUGCAGUUUCCAAUGUGAUCUGCUCCAUCGUCUUUGGAGAUCGGUUUGAUACACAAGAUAAAACCUUCCAGACCUUGCAUACAAUGAUCAGCGAGAACCUCACCUUCCUGGGAAGACGGGGUUUUCAGCUUUACAAUGCAUACCCUGAUAUUCUGAAAUGGCUUCCUGGAGAACAUAACAAGAUCUUCCAGAAUGCCAAAAUGCUGCAGACGUUCCUCAGAGGUCUCAUUGAGAACCACGUUCUGACACGUGAUGCCAACUGCCCUCGAGAUUUUGUGGACUGUUUCUUAAGUAAAAUAGAUGAGGAAGCCAAUAACCCCAGUUCACACUUUACAAUGGAGAGCUUGACCAUGACGACUUUCAAUCUGUUCAUUGCCGGAACUGGAACUACUUCCUCAACCAUCCGCUGGGCCAUUAAGCUUAUGCUGGAAAAUCCAGAAAUCCAUAAAAAGGUGCAGGCUGAAAUAGAUAAUGUCCUAGGCUCAGAGAAAUGGCCUUCCCUGGAGCAUCGUGUGUCCCUGCCAUAUACCAACGCUGUAAUCUAUGAGGUACAGCGAUAUGCAAGCAUUGUCCCCAAUGGCCUCCCCCAUGCUGCCUUGCAAGAUAUAAAAUUUAAAGGAUACACGAUACCAAAGGACACCCAGAUUAUCACAUUUUUACACUCUGCUCUGUAUGACAAAAAAUACUGGGAUAAACCUGAGGAAUUCAACCCAGAUCGCUUCCUGGAUGGGAAUGGGAAGUUUGUGAACAAUGAAGCUCACAUACCGUUUGGAGCAGGUAAAAGGUCCUGUGUUGGUGAAGCAUUAGCAAAGACAGAGAUCUUCAUCUAUUUCGUCAGUCUUAUACAGAGAUUCAACUUGAAAUUUCCCCCGGGGGAACGAGGACCAAUCGGAUUAAUUCAAGGAGGGACCCGCGAUCCGGUGGCGUUUAAUAUCUGCGCUGAAUGGCGCCUUUAAGAUACUUGUGGAAACGUUCUUUGCUCAAUGAAUGCAGACUCGCCCCAUGAUGCUUUGCUUUUACUUAAAUUUUUUUCCUAUGAGAUCUCCGCUUAGGCAGCUUCACGUUAAUGUUUCCUGACGUCUGAAUUUACACAGGUGGAACAGAUGGAGAAGAAUACAUGUUCAGUCUGGGGUACAUCACCUUUAGAAAAUCUGAUUCAUUAUAGUGCUGGUUGAGAAGGGAGAUGGCAUGGUUUGGCUGCUGCCAAGAUGGACGGACACAAACGAUGCCCAACGGCUCUAUUGAUUAUAAUGGGUCAGUUGGGUUUCGGCCAUGAUGUUACUGUACAACUACAACUGCAGAUGUCAUGAGAACAGAGCCUUAACCCAUUUUCUGCUGUCAGCAAGUUGCCAGCUUCCAGUCAGACUGGUUAAUAUGGAAACUUUCCUAGCAACUAGUCUUCCUCAAAUUAACCGCACAUGGAAAUCUGGCUGUAUUUACCGUAGAUCAAGCUUAUUUCUCUUACUGCUGUAUUAAUCAAUUUAUGGGGGAAACCUAGGAUUGUGAAGAUUAUGAUUAUGAAGACUGCUUCAGAGGUGGAAUCCAAGCUUUUCAAACCACCCUGAACUUUGUGCAUUUAUAGGGCAUUACAUUGGAAACCUAUAUGGGCAUUUUACAGUUACAUGAUGAAUCUUCAUCAUGGAAUUCUAUUUCUGACAAAUACACAAAUACUUUUUCCAAAUUAUAGGACACAAUCCCCCAAAAUGUUCGUUAGCAUAAAACCUGUCCUUUUUGUGGUGCGGUUCCCCAGGCUGUUGGCAACUAUACUGUAAGAUCUAACCACCUUUUUACUCUUGUCGUUUAUGGGCCUUAAUCUUGAGAAAGUUUUACGGCGCUGUAAAAUAAUAAACUAUGUCAAGGAGGUUUAU